AUGGCAUCCGAUCAAGUUCCGGGGACAUCAGAUCCCACGCCGUCAUCACAAAAUGCCAGAUCCAAAGGCAGCGAGCGAGCUGCCGCUCUAGAAGAACAGCAAGCCCUCGACCUCCUGCGAAUCAUACCCCGCUUGGAACUUCAGCAGCUUUGUGGAGACGAAGCUGCCCAGCAUGAGGCUGCGAAAACCAAGGUUCGUAAGUUGCAAUGGCAGAACGAUGAUUUGAACGCUCGACUAGAUGAGGCCGAGAUGGCCGUCGCCAGAGCGGAAGAGCGCGCCCGAACAGUCGAAAGAGAGAACGCUAGAUUGGAAGAAUCCAUGUCCAAGAUGGCUGUGGCCGAGGAGCGCAACGAAAGCUUCAUGAGUUUGUUGGCCGAGACCAAUCAAAAAUUGAAAGAAGCGAAUAGCAGAAUCACAACACAGGCGGCUUCGAGGGAGAAGGAUCUCACUCUUGAGGUGGAGAUGAUGGACCUGCAAACGCGUCGGUUGGAGGACUCACUUACUGUCGGCUUUCGAGAUGUCGAGACAUACGCUGCCCUGUUUCAAAAGAAUUGUGACGACUGGGCGACUUUCGUUGAGCUUCUUGAACAGCGCCAGCAUGAAGAGAACGAGCGCCUUCCAGAUCUCCUGGAUCUCACAGCAGAAGUCACAAGCAUGAUAACUGAUCUCCGAACGGGAUUCAACGAGCUCCUACGGGUGACAGAGACCAGUAUCGCCGCCAGAAGGGAAAAAGAAGCUAUCGAAGAUGAGAUGAGCGGGUGGCAAAGCUCAGAUCAGAGUGAAACGCACGCCCCCAGGUCCUUGAGCCAUUGUCGUCGCUUGUCGGCGGACACAUUUGAGAGUAUACACAGGUACGUCCCUGACACAGAUGAUGAAGAGACGCUAAUCCAGGCCCAGUUUGGGUCGAAACGGAACAGACCUCACAGCACGACCCCGGAAAGAUCAGUUAGCACCCAUGACUCGCUACUCUCACUUGCGCCGCGGGUACAAGGCCGCGGAAACGGGUUUGCUCUGUUUCAGCUCCAUGGCUCUGACGGAGAUUUGAAAUCGACACUGUACUCCAGUUUUCCGGAUACCUCCUCUAUCCGGAAACCAGGAGAGGACGACUCCCUUGAUGAAUCGGACUGGUCACGAUUGCCUGCUCUGUAUGCAAUCGGCGAUCGGCCGAGCGAUUAUCACGAUGUGGAAAUGGAUGUAAACUUUGUGCCGAGUCUCAGGAUGUCACGGAAGCGCGCUCGUUUCACAGUGUGGUCGGAGGAGCGAGUCACAGACGAGAAAGGUGCAGGUCCAGAGCUUGUCGCUGACGAUGAUCAAGUAGAGGCCCAGGGCCCGAUCUCUGACCUCGACACAAGCUCGUCGCACACCGAGACCAAGGCUGUUCAGACUGAGAUCGAGCUGUCAGACAUUCACUGGACGGGACUGGACGAUUCACUGCUCAGACCCGUCGAUACUGCAACCAAGCCUAGAGGUAGGCCACGAUCAUUAUCGGUUGGUGAUUCACCGCGAUCCUGGGGACAGAUAGAUCACACAACACCGAAGCAUGUGCCUUGUGUGUGGCCUGGUGAGGUCACUCCACACGGCCCAGGAAACCCGAUAUGUUUCGAGCGGAUCAAAGAUGUGGCAUCCACAGUAUUCAAGGCGUUCAGGAAUACUAUGCUCCCCAUCUUUCUGCAGGCUCUCAAUCUACUUGAUCCCGCAAACCCACAUUGCAUUGCUUACCCGCUUUUACUCCUUUGGUGGUUGUGGCGAGGCUUCCAGCACGAGUCCGAAUUGAACCGAUGGGAAAGCGCUAACGAAGCAUACUUCUCCCAACGGCUGCGCAAUCAAUAUGCAUAUCAGACCGGAUGGAUGGAUUCGAUUGGAUUUGAAAUAUCACAAUGGUUUGAAUUUGACCGGUCGUCUUUCGGUUAA